UUCAUUGCUUUGUUUAUACAAUGACUUCUUUUUCUUGAAGAAUAUUUAUCUAUUUUCGUGGAUUUGUCUUUAUGCUUCUUAGAUUAGCGUGUUUUUUCAAGCAAGCACAUGUUUUAUAAACCGAGUUCUAUUAUAGAACGACCUCGACCCAAGGCUUGAAAAAUGAAUGUGUUUUCUUAAAAUAGGUUACAGCUUUGAGGUUUGGGGAUAAGGUUGGGAAGCAAAUGCACCUUUUUUUUAUAAGCAACCAGUUGAUAAGCAAUUGUACGAUAAUCCGCAACAUUGCUAAGCAACUUUAGUGUAAGUAAAAUUGGAUAUGAACAAAAAAAUUAUGUUUCUUGGGUUUGGGUUUAAAAAUACAUUAUUAUCAAAUCACGGUUACGCAGACUCGAAGAUUUUAUUUUCGCAAAAAAAAAUCGUUUUAAAGCAUUUAUGAGACUUUUUUUCUUUCCUUGCUUUUAAACCAAUAAAUUCUUACCUUUAUUACGUAGGAAUUUAAUCUGGAAUAAAACAAUUGCGAGUAAAUUCGGGUUUUAGCAACUCUAUUUUGAAAAAUUAAAACGUAUUUUUAGCAUGAAACUCGCUUAUAAAAGAAGAUUUAAGAGAAUUUCUAAAAAGGUGAAAAUUUUCAUCAUGUUUUGAAGUUAAAAAAAAAAAAGAAAAACACCUUUUUGGAUUUCGCGUGCCAGAGACGUUUGGUAAACAAGUUUAAGUCAACCUAGCCUCCAGGGCUUGUUAAGUUUUCUACACUAGGACGGACGUUGAGUUUACAGGAGAAAUGACAACUUAAUAUUUUCGUAGCACUUUAAUAAGUUGGGUGAGCCGAGCUGAUGUCAUUAAAAACAUAGGAGUCAUGUCAAUCUGAGGCGUGCAGCCAACUUCGUCCCCAAGGCUUUUUGAGAAUUUCGGACGACAAGAAAAAAACCUUGGGGACGAGGUUGGCGUGCAGUGUAAACUGCCAAACAAGAUUGACCUUCAUUGAAUUUUUUUUCGAAAACGAAAGUGGAAACGGAAUGGCUGCCGCAGAUCUUAGUAAAAAAAAUGAAAAUGCAAGAUUGAUUCACGAACAUUUAUGGAAUCUUUACAGACAUAUUGUAUUAGUACUUCCUACAGCAGAAUCCAUAUUUCUCCAGAUGCGUCAGAAAUUUUUAAAACUCGUUUACAUUUGUACUGGUAGUAUAGCAGAAGGUUUCUCCUUGUGCUAUGAGUUUGCUUCUUCACAAAACGCCAUUGUACCAAGCCAAAAAGAUGUCGACAUAAUGAUACCGUUGUUGAGAAUAGAAGAUCAUGAACGAAUUCUGGAAAUAUCACCUGGAUUUUUCAAAGUAGCAACCUUUACCACCGAUGACAACUUUCUUCAAAAAUGUAGUGUUCAUAGAGAAGAUGGAAAAUAUUUGAGCCCUGUAAAAUUUAUGAAUGCUUUUAAAGAGAUGAUUGAGUUUGAAACUGUUCUUCUACCAGAGUACGAUGAGGAAAAUAAUGUUUCUGACGAUGUUAAAAAGAGGUCAGUAAAGCCAGCCUUGCCUCUAAAUGCACAACCUGUAACUAAACAUAAACAAAAAGAACUGACAAGUGAUUUAUCUAUACCAAGCCUCUCUGAAGCAUUACAGCUAAGAUCAGACUAUUAUGAAAAUUGGUUGAGUAAGCAUAGUCAGCAUACAGAUCCACAAUUGCAUCACUUCCAAGACCUGGUCCCAACGAUUUCUAUUCAAGGUUGGCCAAAAUCAGCUGAUGAGUGGGUUACAAGAGAGCGAUACUGGCCAUCAAAAGGAUGUAUUGAUGUAAUAGUAAAUUCAGGUUAUAAUCUUGUCUGUAAAACAUCUUCUACAGGAGACGCUGAUUUGGAAUGGCGGAUUUCAUUUUCAUUUGCAGAGGUUUUUUUAUCAGAGAGGCUUACUGUAAAACAAAAAGCAAUAUUCUGUUUGUUUAAAACAAUUUUUAAAAGUGGUUGUCAUAACAUGGAUCAGAUUUCAUCAUAUUGUCUAAAAACUUUGUUUUAUUGGGAGCUUGAGAAAAUCCCAAGUGAAUGUUGGUCUGAUGAAGAAUAUUCGAAAAGACUUUUGUGUCUUUUUGACAAGUUACUCUUAUACUUAAACAAAAAAUACCUUCCCCAUUAUUUUUUGCCAAAAUUAAAUCUAUUUGAAGAAAUAACUGAUUUCUCAGUUAUUACACAGAAUGUUAUUUCUAUUAAGGAAACCAUUCUAAAAUUCAAUUGCCAAUUGUUGUUAAGUCAAAUGCCAAAAGAAGAAAAAAAACAGAUCGAAGAAGAAAUAAUCAACAACCCAUCCAAUUUUGAAGCCCUUAUUAAAGUUAAUGGUUUGAGUGGAACUUUUGAAUGUAUAUUUUCACCAGUGUUAACUGCUGCAAGAGCAUUGCUAGAUGAAUUUUCAUUUACAAUGUUAAAACUAGAUUUGUUAAAAGCAUGUAUAUUUCUGAAUUUAAGCAUGAGGAAUGCUAUUCCUGAAUCCACAACUAACGUUCCUACAUUUACAGAACGAAUUUGCGAAAUAUUUCCAGAUGAAAAUGACGAAUUUCAACAAUUAUUUCAAGAAUUUAUUUUGAGAAAAUACAAUAAAUACAAAGAGGAAAUGGAAAUUUACCUAUUUCCCAAAGCUAUGGAUGAGAAAGAUAUAAAAGACAGUGAUAAGCUCAUUGUUAAUGUUCAAGCAAUCAAGUUUAAAGUGUUAAAACUAUCUGAAAUACCCAUUUGAUUUGUACAAUUACUUUACUUGCAGAAUUUUCAAUUGCUUUGCAAAAAAUUUUUAUGUAAAUAUAAUCCAGGAACAAGAAUUGUAUCAAACGCUGCGCUGAACAUUUUAAUUUUUCAGUGGGAAUUAAGUUUUUGUAAUUUUUUGCUAAAUUUUUAAAAUGCUUGAUCUUCAAAGAUAGAUUGUUUUAAAACUGACUACUAUAAGGGAAAAAGUGUUUGUGGAUAAAAACGCAUUUUUAUAAUUUUUUCUCUUCAAAAAGUAAGGUCAGUUGUGAACCACAAAGUUUUUUUUUCUACGAAAUGUUUCGAUUAGAAAUGGUCUCAGCAGUGAAAGGUUUUUCCCCAUUGAAACUUCUAUUCUUGUACAAUUGCAAAAGUUUUUCUUUGCAAAAUGCAAAAAAAUUGUGACAAAGCUGAACUGCUAAAAUUUCUUCAACAAACAUUAUUUCUAAUAAAAUAUUUUCAGGUUUAACCUUGUUAUUGGUAUAUACAUAGUAAAAUAGGAAAAUUGACAAAAUUUCUACACAAAAACUGUUACUAUUAGUUUUUUUAUGUGUUGCAGUUUAAAAUUAUCAUCCAGGUUACGAUUAAUGACAUUUGAGUUUUGGUUUAUUUUGCACCAUUUCUUAUAAGCAAAGUGUAUUUUGAGCCCAGCAUCGGCUUGCUUUUUUUCUUAUUUGAGUCUUAUUCUUAUUUAGUUGUAUUUUUACACAUAACUUAUUUUUCAUUUCUCCCUUUUAUAAUUUUAGAAAAUAUGUACAUUGUUUUCUUUAUUACAUAUUUUGUCUAUAUUUAUAUCUUUAUAUAUAUUUUAUUUCUUUUUUUUAUUUUUUUUAUUGAAUUUGUUUGUGUGUACAUAGUUUUUGCUUGAUAAUAUUCUAUGUCCUAUAAGAAAUCAUAUUUCAGCUCAACUUGAAAAAAUAUUUAGCCUGCCCUGGGGUAGGGGUUUUAAGCCUUGCAAUAAUCAUCAAAUUUGGUGACUUUUCAUUAUUUUAUAGUGACUCAUCCAUUAACAGCAAAUAUGGAAAAAAAAUCGUUCAAAAUUUUUUUUCUUUACAUAAAUCUCCAAGUCAACACUUCUAAAGUCAUAUUUUAGGCUUUAUAAAUAUGCUUUUAUCAAAUCAACUAUCAACAUCCAACAACAGUUUCUUUCAUUCCAUUGUUAUGUUUGGCCCUUUAGGCCUGUUUUUUGGUUUGGAUAUGACGACGCAAUUUUUUAUCCCAAUGUGUUCAAUGAUAAUAGUAAUAGGAUAGUGAAAGAUUAGAUUUGUUUUUUUUUUUUGAAUAAAUAAAUAUAAUUAUUCUUUUACUCUUAUUUUAUCCAUUUACCCAUCAUAUUUUUAUAAAACAUUUUCUUUGUGUAUGUUUAAGUCUUACUUGCACAUACCUUCUUAAUAAAUUUUUAUUUAAAGACUGCAUCUUUAGACACUACACAGAUAUUUUUUAUUAAUAUAAACUGUAGUAUACAAUAUGUGGCUUUUGAAUGGAAUAAAAUUUAUUAAUUGAAA